UCAGAUACGCACAGAGUACCCAAAUUUGGAAACAAAAACAUAAUCAUCGAAUGAUAAUUCGAACAACGGGAAAAAAAUUAAGUUUCCAAAACCGAUUACACUUGUUGCUUACUUGCGAAUCACUCUCCUCUAAUCCAAUCCUACACGAGCUAAUAUACCAUACAUCACUGCCGCCUAUAUAAACACACUAAUUCCCAUUACUAACUCUUCAUUCAUUCCUUCAUUCAUUCAUCUCUAAUCUUCUUGGCCCAUCCAAGAAGAGAAUAUUCAAACACGUUCAAACCCUUAUAUCUUUUCCUCCCGCCAUGGAAGUUGCCGUUUAUCAGAACCCUAAUAAUCCUCCCGUUGCUGUAUCCGAAGCUCCACCGCCAGUUGGUUAUAGGUUCCAACCAACGGAUUCCGAACUUCUUGACCAUUACUUGAGGAGGCUGAUCCACGGGCUACCGUUGCCCGUGUCGUACCCGAGAAUCAUCCGUGCCAAUGUCUACGCGGAUCACCCUUAUGCCAUCUGGAGUCCAGGAGCCGCUCACGACGACACGGGCAGUGGGGCCGAGCUGCACUGUUACUUCUACACCGCACUGCAAAGCGCUAACAAUAAUGGCGGCAAAAAGAUGGGAAGAAGGGUUGGGGCACAUGGGACUUGGCACAUGUCCUGCACUAGGGAAACCAAGGUUAAUAAUAAUGCAGAUCAGGUUUUGGGGUACAACAAGUACUUCAACUACAAGCCAAACACAAUUCAUCGCGGAGACGUGGAAUACGAGUGGGGCAUGCACGAAUUCACCUUGCACGAUUGUUCCAAUAAAUAUGCAUUGUGCAAGAUUACCAGGAGGAUGAGGAAGAAGAAGUUGAUGGGCGCUGUUGAUGAAUCAGUCAUGUUGUCUAACCAACAGCAACAAGGAGAUCAUACUGGUUUUGGUGAAAUUGUUCUUUCUUCCAAUCGUGGCGAUCCUGAAAAGAGCCCGAACCUGGAAGUUUCCCCGGAAUCAAUAACAUGUUGUUUUGAUAAGGUGUCUGCUCAUGAUGAAGUUGGCUCUUCUUCUUCUUCUCCUUCUUCUACUUUUACAUCAGGACUGGGGGGUCAACCUCAACAACCGCACAUGGAUCAUUGCCAAGGAUCAAUAGUGACGAUGACCACCUCUUCUGUCACUUUUGAAUUGGAAGAUUUUGGGGACAUUUUCCUGGAUUUGGGGGACUUGCCGGACUUCAUACAGCUUGACGACGUCAGAGAAGAGGACUAUCAGCAAAACACUGCCUGUAAGAGAGGUCGCGUCGAAGAAGGAACCGGCGGGUGUGUUGAGCACGACCAACACGCACAUGAUGAUGCCGGAGCGGAUGGAGCGAAAAGGUGUAAGCAUUGCUGACACUGAUUGGAGUAUACGUCCCAA